UGAAUGCCCCUGUCUGUUUAAUGACGUUUCCUGUACGGUUAAUCAGCUGAUUCUGCUUCGGUCGAUCAAAUGAACCAAAAACACGAUUCAACCUGUAAAUCGACCUGUCAUAUCUAACGACAGUUGGGGGUCUUCUGCUCGGAGACUGUUGACAUGCUUUAUUUGGACUGUCAUCAUGGACAAAAUAUUGGAGGGUCUCGUCAGCUCCGAUCAUUCUGUUCCAGUGAAGAGGGCCAUUAUAAAGAAGGUUGUGGAAGCAGCAGAAAAAGGAGUCACAGAGGAGCAGUGUCAGGCGCUGUUUACUCUCACCACGCGCCUCAUCUUGGUUGGUGAAGAUGCGUUUCAAAAACAGGUGGGCUUCCAAGUUCUGGAGGCCUAUGCCCGCUACCACCGGCCGGAGUUUGAGCGUUACUUUAGUAAAGACUUUGUCCUCAGUCUGCUCCAACAGGGCUACAGCCAACUGGACCACAAAGACCCAGCCAUAAUAGACUAUAUUCACUGCUGCCUACGGCUGCUCAUCAGCUGCCCCUCGGUGCUGGAGAUCUUCAGUGUGGUUCAGGUGGAAGUUUUAAGAAUGGUGUGUGAACGUCCUGAUCCUGCCCUCUGUGCCCGCCUCAGCACCAUGCUAUCGGACUUUGUGCAGUGCAUCCCAAGGGACAAGUCAGGGGUUUUGUUCUGCCAGCAGUUGGUGAGGACCAUCAGUUACUUCCACUGCUUUGCCAGCCAGGAGCGUGAGCUCAGAGAAUAUGUAGGUCAGGUGACCAAGGUUAGCACGCUGCUGCAGAAUAUCUGGAAGAGUGACCCAACUACACUGCUGCCCUCACUGCAGGAAGUCUUUGCCAUUAUCUCUUCCAUAGACCCAUCCUUUGACCCAUCCAUUGCCUUGGCCAGUCUGGUGCAGCACAUCCCUGUCCAGAUGAUCACAGUGCUAAUUAAGAGCCUGACCACAGACCAGAACGUUAAAGAUGCAAACAUGACUAAAGCUCUCUGCAGGAUGAUUGACUGGCUGUCCUGGCCUCUAGCCCAACAUGUUGACACGUGGGUCAUUGCUCUGCUGAAAGGACUGGCUGCAGUUCAGAAGUUCACCAUCCUCAUAGAUGUAACUCUGCUCAAGAUUGAACUGGUAUUCAGUCGUCUGUGGUACCCCAUUGUGCGACAGGGGGCACUGACUGUGCUCUCACACAUGCUGCUGAGCUUCCAGCACUCUCCAGAGGCUUUCCAUUUGGUUGUUCCUCAUGUGGUCCAUCUAGUCCAGUCUUUGAGGACAGAUGGCCUCCCCACCAGUAAGGCCUUCUUACUACAGUUUACAGAGCUCAUCCACUGCAUGAUGUACCAAUACUCUGGCUUCCCUGAUCUGUAUGACCACAUAGUAGAGGCCAUCAAGGACCUCCCUAAACCUGGAGAAGAGAAAAUCAAGUUGGUGUUGAAUCAAAGUGCCUGGACGUCUCAGUCCAACUCAUUUGCCUCCGGUCACCUAAAGGAAGCAGGGAAGUCUGAGACGGGAAAAACAGGCCUGGUCAACCUGGGAAAUACCUGCUACAUGAACAGCAUCAUUCAGACCCUGUUCAUGGCCACUGAUUUUAGGAGACAUGUUUUAUCAUUGCAUCUAAAUGGCUCCAACAUGCUUAUGAAAAAGCUUCAGCUGUUGUUUGCUUUUCUUGCACACACUCAGAGGGCAGCAUAUGCUCCCAGAAACUUCUUGGAAGCGUCUCGGCCUCCGUGGUUUAAUAUGGGUUCUCAGCAGGACUGUUCUGAGUACCUCCGAUUUCUCUUAGACCGGUUACACGAAGAGGAGAAAACACUUCAGGUCCUGGAAUCAGCUCAGCCAAAAGUCUCCUCCCAUAUUGAGAGAAAUGGCAAAGAUCCAACGUGUCAGAGCUCUCCAGAGGACACUGGAGAGUCAUCUUUGACUGGAGGAGAAACUAUGCAUGAACCUGACAAGAGGACUUUGAUAGAAAGGUUGUUUGGAGGGAAGCUUAUCACAAGUAUCCGCUGUAUGCAGUGCAACAGCAUCUCAGAGAAAGGGGAGCCUUUCACAGACCUAUCUUUGGCUUUUUGUCCUUCGGCCACCGCUCAGCACCGACCUGAGGGGCCGUCUGAAGAAGCCAAGGGUCUCUGCCAAGGUUCUGUCAAUGGUGGAAGUGAAAAUCCUGAUCCGGGUUCAGUCAAAGCCCCAGCAAAUAGUGUCCAUGUUGUGCCAGUUACAAAUGAGCCUCCCCUCUCUGUGCCUGAUCUGGUGAACUAUUUCCUGGCUCCUGAGAUCCUGGAUGAGGAAAAUGCCUACUUUUGUGAGAAGUGUAUCUCCCUCCAGCGAGCAGAGAGGAGCUUGAAAGUGGUGUCAGCACCUGAGUACUUAAUCCUCACCCUGCUACGAUUCUCAUACGAUGCCAAAUGCCACGUCCGAAGGAAGAUUUUGGACAAUGUUACCAUUCCGUCACUCAUGAGACUUCCCGUGCAAGCACCAUCGACUUCUACACAGUGUUCCUCUUCCACAUCUUCUCCUCUGCAAGUAGACUCGCCUGAGAGCAGUGAGAAUCUGGCCAAAAAGCUCAAACCAUCACAAAAAGAUGAGGAGGAAGGGGAGGAGCAGCAGAUAAACAGAGGUGGAGACAUACCUGUUCAGUCAGUGCCCUAUGUCCUCUGUUCAGUGGUGAUGCAUUCAGGUGUAUCAUCUGAAAGUGGCCACUACUACUCUUAUGGUCGUAACAUCAGCGGAGCAGAUGGAACGCAGCAUCCAGCCAGCUGCUUCACCCUCAAGGAGGAUUUGGGUAACAGCCAAGCUGAAUCAAACCCUUCCACUUGCUCAUCCCUCUCAGUUCUGCCAGAACAAGGAGAUCCGCUGCCUAAUAGUGGCCAAGAAGCAAGGGAUUGGCUGCUGUUCAAUGACAGCAGAGUGACAUUCACGUCUUUCCAGUCAGUGCAAAACAUUACUAAUCGCUUCCCCAAGGACACAGCUUAUGUGCUCAUGUACAGGAAACAGGAGGUACCGGGGCAGAACAUAAAUGGAGGACCGAAGGAGAAUGGGAUGAGAGUGAGUGCUGAACCUCCCCUGCAGAAAGAACUUCUCGAUGCUAUUAUCAAGGACAACAAGUUGUAUUUACAGGAACAGGAACUCAAUGCUCGGACCCAAGCUCUACAGGCCUCAUCCUCUUCCUGCUCAUUCAGGCCCAACGGUUCAGAUGACAAUAACCCACCAGGGAGCUGUGGCCCAUCUGGUGGAGGAGGGGGGGGAGGGGGCUUCAAUACUAUCAGUAGACUGGUCUUCUGAAUGAAAACCCCAGAUGAACUGACACUAAGGGAGUCUUGGACUGCCUCAUAAAGAAAACUGGACUGUCGGAGCAGAAAUGUGGACACUCUGUCACAGAAAAAGCACUGAAAUGAUGUAAACACACAGACAGAACAUACUGUAUGUGUUGAUUCUGUACCUCGAUUCGAUUUUGUUAAGGUCUUAAAGUUUUGACAAAAAUUGUUUUUAUACCACUGUUUUAGUUAGAAUCGAAACAUUUACAAUUCAUAUAGAUUUGUAAUCCCAAAACUUGCAGUGUUCACAUCAAUUUUGCAGUUUUCAGUACCUGAGUUGCUCAAUCCCAAUGAUGCAUAUGUGUUUUUUUUCCCCCUCAAAUGAAUAAUGUGGCUUCAUAUGAUUGGUAUUAUAAAGUUUGUGAACAUUCAAUUCAGGUACUUAAAUACACUUUUAUUGCUAAAAUGUGAAAUGGAUUGUGUUGAAUAUUUUCACAGUGUGAGUAUUUAGUAUAUUAUCUCACACAUAAACAUAGCCAGAUCCAUGCAUACUACAAACAGUGCACAAUCCAAAAGAAAGCAUUCAAAUGUAAAAAGGCAGACUUUAUCAAGUUGUCAUCAUUCUGAACACACUGCUCACAGUCUGGGUUUACUUUUCUGAUUUGCAUGCAGUUUUUCCUUGUGAGCUGUGGAAUUUGAUUUUCAAGACAUUUGGAUCUUUUUAAUGUGUUCUUUGCUAUUUAAUAAGUUUCAUAUCACAUGCAAUAAAUGUACAUUUGAAUUAAAACAUCAUUCUAAAUAAUCACAAAUAUAUACAGCGCAAUAUAUUACAAUACUAGGGCAUUUUCAAUUUGAACACUUUACUGCUGUUCUCACUAUGACUGGUGUGAUUUGCAGCGCAGUGAAUUUCAACUUUUUAACCGCAUAAUAUAUUCAGAUUUGAUCAUUCAGGGAGACUUUUGUGUUUAUGCUGAUUUUUCUUUUUUUUGUGCCUUUUGGUAUUUAAUGCAGGUUUAUGAAGAGGUUUUGUCACUAUACAUCUCAGUUGUACUGUGCUGACAUCUAUAUUCCUCAUUAUUACUUGUUGUAUUGUCCUACUUCAACAUGCAGGUAACCUUAAAUUUACUUUACAGCAGCCGUUUGACAAAGACAUGGACAAAUGUUAUGAUUUAAUUUAUACUGAAAUGCUGAGAACCUAUCUGCAGAAGAAUAAAUAUAUGAUAAAAUUGA